GCACCAGCGACGGCACCCGGCCUCGUGGGCCGGGGGGCGCCGGGGCCGGGCGGGCUGCGCGCCGCGGGGCAUGGGCGCGCCGGGGGCCCCCGGGCACAGGCCGGCGGCGGCGAGGCGCCCGGGGCGCGGGGGCAGCGGCGGGCGGGGGUCCUCCCUGGCGGCCGCCGCUGAGCCCCCGCGGGGCCCGUGACGCCGCGGCCGAUGUGGCCCCGCGCGCGCUGCGGGCCUGCACCGCCGCCUCACAAAGACGCCGCCGGAGCCGCCGCCCGCACCCGGCCGGCGGCCGCCGCGGGAGCCCGAGCCGGAGCCCGAGCCCGAGCCGGAGCCGCAGCCGCUGCCGCAGCCGAGGAGGCAGGAGGCGGCGCCCGCGGGCUGCCGGCCCCGGCAUGGAGAAGCGGGCGGCCGCGGGGCCGGAGGGGGCGCCGGGCGCCCGGGCUCAGCUCGCCGUCGUCUGUCUGGUAAACAUCGUUCUCACCGGGCGACUCAGCAGCGCAGUUCCUGCCUUAGCCGCCUGCAGUGGGAAGCUGGAGCAGCACACGGAGCGGCGCGGCGUCAUCUACAGCCCGGCCUGGCCCCUCAACUAUCCCCCGGGCACCAACUGCAGCUGGUACAUCCAGGGUGACCGCGGGGACAUGAUCACCAUCAGCUUCCGCAACUUUGACGUGGAGGAGUCCCACCAGUGCUCCCUGGACUGGCUCAUGCUGGGCCCAGCGGCCCCACCCCGCCAGGAGGCCUUCCGACUCUGCGGCUCUGCCAUCCCACCUGCCUUCAUCUCGGCCCGGGACCACGUCUGGAUCUUCUUCCACUCUGACGCCUCCAGCUCCGGCCAGGCCCAGGGCUUCCGUCUGUCGUACAUCCGAGGGAAGCUGGGCCAGGCGUCCUGCCAGGCCGAUGAGUUCCGCUGUGACAACGGCAAGUGCCUGCCGGGCCCGUGGCAGUGCAACACGGUGGACGAGUGUGGGGAUGGCUCAGACGAGGGCAACUGCUCGGCACCCGCCUCUGAGCCGCCGGGCAGCCUGUGCCCCGGGGGCACCUUCCCCUGCAGCGGGGCGCGCUCCACGCGCUGUCUGCCAGCCGAGCGGCGCUGCGACGGCACGCAGGACUGCGGCGACGGCUCCGACGAGGCCGGCUGCCCCGACCUGGCGUGCGGCCGGCGCCUGGGCAGCUUCUACGGCUCCUUCGCCUCCCCCGACCUGUUCGGCGCGGCUCGCGGGCCGUCGGACCUGCACUGCACUUGGCUGGUGGACACGCAGGACCCGCGGCGUGUGCUGCUGCAGCUGGAGCUGCGGCUGGGCUACGACGACUACGUGCAGGUGUACGAGGGGCUGGGCGAGCGCGGCGACCGCCUGCUGCAGACGCUGUCCUACCGCAGCAACCACCGGCCCGUGAGCCUCGAGGCCGCGCAGGGCCGCCUCACGGUGGCCUACCACGCGCGCGCCCGCAGCGCGGGCCACGGCUUCAACGCCACCUACCAGGUGAAGGGCUACUGCCUCCCGUGGGAGCAGCCGUGCGGGGGCGGCGGCGAGGGCACCGCGGGCGACGCGGGCGAGCAGGGCUGCUUCUCCGAGCCUCAGCGCUGCGACGGCUGGUGGCACUGCGCCAGCGGCCGCGACGAGCAGGGCUGCCCCGCGUGCCCGCCGGACCAGUACCCCUGCGAGGGCGGCAGCGGCCUGUGCUACACGCCCGCCGACCGCUGCAACAACCAGAAGAGCUGCCCGGACGGCGCCGACGAGAAGAACUGCUUCUCCUGCCAGCCCGGCACCUUCCACUGCGGCACCAACCUGUGCAUUUUCGAGACGUGGCGCUGUGACGGCCAGGAGGACUGCCAGGACGGCAGUGACGAACACGGCUGCCUGGCGGCCGUGCCCCGCAAGGUCAUCACCGCGGCGCUCAUCGGCAGCCUGGUGUGCGGCCUGCUGCUGGUCAUCGCGCUGGGCUGCGCCUUCAAGCUCUACUCGCUGCGCACGCAGGAGUACAGGGCCUUCGAGACCCAGAUGACGCGCCUGGAGGCUGAGUUUGUGCGGAGGGAGGCUCCCCCGUCCUAUGGGCAGCUCAUCGCCCAGGGCCUCAUUCCGCCCGUGGAGGACUUCCCGGUCUACAGUGCAUCCCAGGCCUCGGUGCUACAGAACCUUCGCACAGCCAUGCGGCGACAGAUGCGCAGGCAUGCCUCCCGCCGAGGGCCCUCCCGCCGCCGCCUUGGCCGCCUCUGGAACAGGCUCUUUCACCGACCACGGGCGCCGCGGGGACAGAUCCCACUGCUGACGGCCGCACGCACCUCACAGACGGUGCUGGGUGAUGGGCUCCUCCAGCCUGCAUCAGGAACCACCCCGGACCCCCCAGCACCCCUCACGGACACAGGCAGCCCUGUGGCGGCUGGGGAUGGGCCCCCCGGUGCCCCAGGCCACGGGCCAGAAGUGGGAUCCGCUGUGCCACCCUCCUCGGGCCUGCGGGACCCGGAGUGCAGGCUGGUGGACAAGGACAGAAAAGCCAGCAGGGACACUUUGGUGGACAGCCCGGCUCCUGGGGACAUGCUUCGGGACCCCUGCUCGGCCCAGGACCCUCACUCCCCGGCCCCCACUGCCAGCAGCGCCCUAGGCCCCCACCCACCAGAGCCACUGGGUGUCUGCAGGAGUCCCCCACCGCCCUGCUCCCCAACAUUGGAGGCCAGUGACGAUGAGGCCCUGCUGGUCUGCUGACCGCUGGACUUGCUGGUGACCGCCACAGCCCCGCUUUGUAACCAGGGAAUACACAGUCGUUUCUACCCGG